AUUCGGUCACACUUGCUCUCCAGCCCACGUCUGGGCAGUAACCAAAUAGGUUACAAUAAAAAACAAAAUAAUACUACCGGACUCUACAAACUGAUUUAGUACGCCGACACAAGCAGUUCAAAUAACCAGCUAACGCAACGAAAGCGGAAACCUUACCAACUAAACCUUUCCGAUAAAACAGGCUAAUGCUUCUGCCUCCGACUCCUGUCACAUUCACGUCACAACGAAUAUAGAAGAAUCAACUUGAAUCGUUUCGGUAGGUGAGACGAACGACAUCAGCAGCAACGGCAGCGGCAACGGCAACCAAAGCAAUUCUAAGAUCACAGAGAAGGCUAAGACUCGUUUUCCAACAAUUAGUUUUACCUCGACAAUUAUCUGUAAAGCAUUUUCAGUCCCACAACGUGCCACAACAAAGAUUGACCAAGAUGUCAGAUCAGGUCCAAUAUUUGGAUAUACCCGAUAAAUCGGAAACAGACAAGAAAAUAUACAAAACUCUCCUCUUAGCAAAUGGCCUGAAAGCACUGAUCAUCUCUGAUCCUACUCCAAUGCCACAUGAUGGAUUUACCACAUCGGAUUCCUCCUUGGGAUCUGGAGAGUCGGGUGAAGUCGCCAGCUCAUCGGAGUCAAGCAGUGGCGAUAGCACUAUAUCAUCCAGUUCGGACGGCAGCAAAGAUUCAGAGUCUGGCGAUAGCGAAGAGGGCGAUGAGAAGUUGGCCGCCUGUGCUGUAAUGGUUGAUUUCGGUUCAUUCGCUGAGCCGCGUAACUAUCAAGGAUUGGCUCAUUUUCUCGAACAUAUGAUAUUUAUGGGCUCAAAGAAAUAUCCCGAAGAGAAUAUCUUUGAUGCGCACAUCAAGAAAUGUGGCGGAUUUGACAAUGCCAAUACGGAUUGCGAAGAUACCUACUUCUACUUUGAGGUGGCUGAAAAGCAUUUGGACUCCAGUUUAGAUUAUUUCACUGCCCUAUUGAAGGAUCCGUUAAUGAAGCAGGAGGCCAUGCAACGAGAGCGCUGUGCUGUAGAAUCGGAGUUCCAACAAAUAGUCCAGGACGAUGAAACGCGUCGCGAUCAAUUGCUAGCCAGCUUAGCCAAUGAAGAAUUUCCGCAUGGGACCUUCACCUGGGGCAAUAUGAAAUCACUAAAGGACAACGUCGAUGAUGAUGCCUUGUAUAAGCUUCUUCACGAGAUUCGACAGGAUCAUUAUGCAGCUAAUCGCCUUUUUGUGUGCCUUCAAGCACGGCUCCCCAUCGAAGAUCUCGAAUCACUUGUGUUGCGAUAUUUCGCCGAUAUUCCCAAAAACGAUAUUAAGGCUCCAGAUCUUACGAAAUUUGAUUACCGGCAGGCAUUCCGCAAGGAGUUUCAUGAGAAAGUGUUUUUCGUAAAGCCAGUGGAGAACGAAUGCAAGUUGGAGUUGACUUGGGUGCUGCCAGCAGUGCGUCCGCUUUAUCGCAGCAAGCCAGAUGGUUUCCUUUCGUAUUUGAUGGGUUAUGAGGGAAAGGGUUCGUUAUGUGCAUACCUAAGGAAGCGUCUGUGGUCUCUGCGGCUGAUAGCGGGAAUUGAUGACAAUGGCUUCGAUAACAACAGCAUGUUUGCUCUAUUCAACAUCUGCAUUUAUCUCACCGAUGAAGGUUUCAAACAUAUUGACGAAGUUUUGGCCGCAACAUUUGCCUAUGCCAAGCUCUUUGAAAUUUGCCCAUCUCUUAAGCAGGUCUAUGAAGAGCAGCAAAGCAUUGAAGCUAAUGGUUUUCGCUUUCAGGCGCAACGUCCUGCCUUUGAUAAUGUUACGGAGGUGGUAUUUGGUUGCAAAUAUUUCCCACCCAAGGAUAUUCUUACUGGCAAUGAGCUCUAUUUUGAGUACAAUGAGAGUCAGCUGGACAAUCUCAUUCAGCAUUUGAAUAAAUUCAAUUUCAAUCUCAUGAUUACGUCGCAUACAAAGUAUGAAGGAAUAACCUACGAUAAACAAGAGAAAUGGUUUGGCACCGAAUACUGCUGCAUUGAUAUGCCGGAUAAGUGGAAACAAUUGUGGAACGAAUCAAAACCGAUUUCCGAACUCUUUUUACCCGAAUCGAAUCGUUUUGUUACCCAUGAUUUUACAUUAUUUUGGCACCAGCAGGGCAAACCAGAUAUACCAACGGCCCCCAAGAAAUUGCUUAAAACGGAUAUAUGUGAGCUCUGGUUCCGACAGGAUGAUAAAUUUGAACUACCUGAGGCAUUUAUGUAUUUCUACUUUAUAUCGCCAUUGCAACGUCAGAGUGUCAAAAAUGAUGCUAUGUGCACCAUGUACGAAGAGUUGGUUAAAUUUCAUGUCGCCGAGGAGCUGUAUCCGGCCUUAAAUGCUGGGCUCUCUUACAGCUUUAAUGCCAGCGAAAAGGGUAUCGUUUUGAAGGUCAGCGGAUACAAUGAGAAGCUGCAUUUAAUUGUAGAGGCCAUUGCAGAGGGCAUGAUGACAGUCUCAUCUACAUUGAACGAGGAGAUGUUGAAUACUUUCAAAAAGGAUCAACGGAAGUCAUUAUUCAAUACACUAAUUAAGCCAAGGGCAUUAAAUAAGGAUGUUCGACUUUGCGUCUUGGAGCAGAUUCGCUGGCAAUUGGUUGAUAAAUACAAGUGCCUUAACGAAAUCACACUGGAAGAUCUAAGGGAAUUUGCAGUAAAGUUCCCACAACAGUUAUACAUUCAGGCUCUCAUUCAGGGCAACUAUACGGAAGAAUCGGCGCACAAUGUGCUAAAUUCCGUUCUCUCUCGCCUUAACUGCCAGGUGAUCAAGGAUCGUCAUUUUAUCGAGGACCGAACUGUUCAAUUGCCGCAGGGUGCCCACUACAUUCGUUGUCAUGCAUUAAACGAAUCUGAUACCAAUUCGGUGGUAACGAAUUUCUAUCAAAUUGGCCCAAAUACUGUGAGAGUGGAAAGUAUUUUGCAUAUGCUUAUGAUGUUUGUGGAUGAGCCACUGUUCGAUAAUCUGAGAACCAAAGAGCAAUUGGGCUAUCAUGUGGCCGCGGCGGUGCGCACUAACUAUGGCAUUGCUGGUUAUUCCAUAAUGGUCAAUUCACAGGAGACGAAAACCACUGUCGAGCAUGUCGAAUCUCGUAUCGAAGCUUUCCGUGGCAAGAUGCUGCAGAUUCUGCAGACAAUGUCACAAGAGGACUAUGACCACACCAGGGAUUCAUUGAUCAAGCUAAAUCUGGUCACUGACACGGCACUGUCCACCGAAGUGCAUCGCAAUUGGUCUGAGAUUACCAAUGAGGAAUAUCUCUUUGAUCGACGCCGCAGACAAAUUGAUAUUCUGCGCACAUUAGCCAAAAGUGAGAUUGUCGACUUUCUUUUGGAGAAUGAAGUCUCAAAUUUGCGUAAACUCUCAGUGCAAGUGAUUGGACAUCAAGUUGCCGAAUCCGAAGACGACUCUGAUGAUGGGGAAGAAUCGGGCGUGGCAUCCAGUGAGGAGGAAGAUGAAGAUCUUUUUAUAGCUCUAUCGAAUUCCUUAGAUGUCAAAUUCCUGCCACAAGAAGGCAAUGCUGCGACUAUUGUGGACAUCGAGGACUUUAAAAGCCAUUUAGAUGUCUAUCCAAAAGUCAAGACGAAUCCUGAUGAUACAACUCGAACCUCACGUAUUGAAGACGCUCUAAGUAAUGCGUGAACUAUCCUCCCAUCGCUUUGCCCUUUUCCCUCCGCAACUUAUGUCGUACAUCUACAUUUUUGUUUUUAAAUUGAAUUUUGCGAACCAAUAGGUAUUCGUUCUAAUAUUUUUUCUUUCAACUUCGUAAGCUAUUUUUUCUCACACAAUGACAAGACGUGUUUCGCUUCAUUUCAUUCGAAAUGAGGAAUAAGUUAUACAUAUUAAGAACUGUGUAAUUAUGUUUUAAUAAAUGAAGGGGUAUGAAUUAA